CACUACUCCAUGCGACAUAUAUAGCAGUAAAAGCUCUCGGUUUAUAUUCACAUAUCACAAAAUUCAUUUCUUUACAAAAAAAUUCUUCAUAUCCUCAAAAAUGUCUUCCGGCUACAGCAACAACUUUAACGAUGGCGCCGACACAAUCUUCUCUUCAAAUAAUGUUCGUUUAUUAUUUUACUGUCUCCACUGUAAUUGCAUCUUCAUUCCUAAUCAGUUAGAUUUCUCUGGAGCUUCAUGCCAUCGCUGCAACAACAACCAUAAUAUCUCAUCCGAUGAACAAGAACCUCCGAACUCCACAACUCAAGCAUCCCUGUCUUCUACUUCAUCAUCUUCUUCUUCCCAAGUAGAAGUACAAGAGCAAGACGAACAAGAGGAUCCUGAAUCAGAGCAAGAAUCUCCUAACCCCUCAGUUCAAGAAGUUUCUUCUUCUUCUUCUUCUUCUUCUUCUUCUACCUCGUCAUCUUCUUCUUCUUCCGACGAACAAGAAAACGAACCAGAUCAAGAAUCUCCUCCUCCUCCUCCGAGUUCUCCUUCUCUUUCUCCUCCUCGUCCUCGUUAUCCUUCUUCCGAGGAGCAAGAAUCUCCAUACACCACUACAAUUUCUAACUCAGCUUCUUCCCCCAAAGCCCUUACAAUGCCAGCUUUGGAAUUGGCCGUUGGUGCCAAUGCCGAUACCGCUGCUGGACAUGUCGAUUCAGGUAGUACCGAUGUUGUCUACCAUGCUGAUGCCAAUACAGAUGCCUUAAUCGACGUUGUUAACCAAGUCGAUUCCAGUACCGAUAGUGGUAUUGUUGAACAUGUCGAUUCCAGUAGUACCGAUAUCGUCGACAAUGCUGAUGCCGAUACUGAUGCCUCUAUCGAUAUUGUUAACCAAGUCGAUUCCGGUACCGAUAGCGAUGAAGUUCAAUAUGUCGAUUCCAACUCUGAUAGCGAUUGCAAUGAGAAGCAAGAAAAUCAUGAUGGCUCAAAAGGCGUAGGUGGCAGCUAAUUAAUUGUUUCAUGAGAACUUGAGCCAUGCAGAUUGCCUCUGAAGGUUGUGAUUGUGAAGGAAUAACUUGCCGCUGUGAAGCUGAUUUUUAAAAGUUUUCUUUUUUACAUCUAUUACAUAUACGCUAUUAUUUGUUCUUGUAGUGCAUUAGGACAAUGGUAAUCAGGAUUAUUAUUGGACAGUAGAGUAGUUAUCAUCUCAAGAAUUUUUUUCAUUAUUUUUUGUUGAUAAACAAUUUUUAAGGCAUGGUCCUACCCAAUAGGGGAAAUUAAUGGUAUUUUUUAUUUUACUCUGUUGAAAACUUCAUUUACCAUCUACGCUUGUGACAUAUAUUUAUUUUUUAAUCUGUUCUCGAGAAUUUAUUAGUAUGUCAUUUAUGCUUGAAUUUUCUAAUAAAUACCUUCAUCAGUGCUCUCGGGUUCUACAACUCGUUUUACAACUCGUUUUACACAUUUUUUUAGAGUGUUGUUAUUUGACACUUUAAG